AUGAGCCAUGUGGAAUUUGAAAUGGCACUCACUUCGCUCAAGCAGCUGAAGGGUCCUGUAAGUAAAAAGAGGAAAUUGCUGAUGUACAACUUCUAUAAACAGACUACCCAGGGUGACUACAACAUCCCUGUCCCUCCAGCCACAGAUAAGGGCACCAAGGCCAAGUGAGAGGCAUGAAAUGUGAAUAGAAUGCUGAAGAUGGAUAUGAUGAGAAUUUGUGUUGCCAAUAUGGAAGAUUUGAAGAAAGCUGAGGCUGGAUAA